GAAGAGUAUGUGCUGUCGUUGACGAACGUUCUAUGGCCGCCGUUCAACGCUACCUCGACCUCUACUCCUCAACACAAUGACUCAGUCGCCGGCAACCUCUGCUCCAGCUAUAUAACCUAACCGUCUUCAGUGUCUGAGGAGCACCGGCCUCCCGGAUUCGUCUUCUCUACUAGUCUCAUACACACUCACCUAAACUUUCUCAUCCUACAUAUCUCCUAAUUAGCCAUGUCUUCUGUCGCCUCCAAAAUCUACGUCACCAGGGAGAACAACGAGCUCGUUGUCAAGGAGGGUGUUAGCCCCGACGCUGGGAAGUACGCUGACCAGCGCGUUCUCAUCAUUGGCGGUGGUGUCACCGGUCUUACCAACGCCUGGGCUCUGCUCGAUGCCGGCUACUCAGUCACUGUCAUCUCUGACAAGUGGGCGUCCCUGGAGGACCGCAUCACCUCUCAGAUCGCCGGUGCUCUCUGGGAGUGGCCCCCUGCUGUCUGCGGCAGGCACACCGACCUCAUCUCCCUCAAGCUCUCCAAGGUCUGGUGCAUGACCUCUUACCGCGUCUUCCAGAAGCUACAGGACAUCCUCCCUGCUGAUGGCGAAACUGGACAUGGUAUCCGCAUGCGCACUGCCAACUUCUUCUUCGACAAGCCCAUCGAGGAAAACCAGGAAGAGUACGAGAAGAUGGUCGAGAUUGAAAAUGUCAAGAUCCCUGGCUUCGAGCGCGACUCGCUCCUGGUCACCAAGCACGCCGUCAGCCAGGAGGCCGGUGUCGUCGAUGCCUAUAAGCACACCACGCCCGUUGUCGACACUGACGCCUACAUGCUCUGGCUCCGCUCCGUCGUCGAGGCUAAGGGCGGCAAGCUCGUCACGCACCACAUCUCGGGCGACCUCCUCGAGCAGGAGGACGCGCUCCUUCGGGUCUUCGAUGCCCAGUACAUCGUCGAUGCCACCGGUCUCGGUGCCUUCGAGGCUGCAGGCGACAGGACCGUCUACCCCCUCCGUGGUGCGCUCAUCCGCCUCGUCAACGACGGCACCAAGUUCCCGAAAGUGAACGAGGCGCUCGUUGUUGCGCACGACUACGCCAAGCGUGACGAUGACGGCGGCAUCGUCUUCAUCGUUCCUCGCAACGACAAGACCCUCAUCCUCGGCGGUAUCGCCCAGGCAAACGAGGGCAACCUCGAUCUGACCCUCGAAAGCCCCGAGAUGAAGCGCAUGCGCGACCGGUGCAACAAGUUCGUGCCGGGCCUCGAGAAGGCCGAGCUGGACCCGCACUCGCCGAUCGUGCAGGGCCUGCGCCCCGUGCGUGGUGAGAACGUCCGGGUCGAGCGCGAGCUGCGCAAAAAGACGGACGGCUCUCUGAGCAAGAUCGUGCACUCGUAUGGCCAGGGUGGCUCUGGCUUCACGCUCUCUUUCGGUUGCGCUGGCGAUGUCCUCAAUCUGAUCAAGGAGGCCGAGCAGGGCAUCCCGCCCACUCCCCUCAAGGCAGACCGCAAGACUAUGGUCAUCCGCCACUAA